CUUUGACCCAUCUGGUCACGGAAUGUCUCAAAAAUCGAGUGGGUCGACUACGACCGGACUUCCUGAGUCGAUGUAGAUGGGACACUGCCCUGGCAGCCUGCACAGGGAAAGCAGAUAGCAUACGGGACGGACGAGAAUCGUUCCCGUCGGGUCAUUCUUCUACAGCUUUUGCGGGAAUGACAUUCUUAGCGCUCUGGAUAGCUGGUCAGACGGCUGCAUGGUGCUUCUCUAUUCCGACACCGAGUGGCACACUUGUUCGUACACGCAUGUGCAGAUUCGUUGUGUGUCUGCUACCACUAGCGUAUUCUACCUGGGUUGCAAUAUCCCGCCUUGAAGAUUACCGGCACCACAAAGAAGAUAUCAUCGUCGGCGCUCUGAUCGGUGCCCUAUGUUCGAGCAUAUGUUACUUUAUGUAUUGGCCGAGCCCCUUCUCUGCGGCGAGCUUCAAUUCCGAACAGGUAGGCCGCCCACGCGUCGAUUACGCAGCUUACGAUUACCCCGAGCGGAGAAGCGGUAGUUAUCAACUGACUAGACUGCAAGACGAUACAGAGCAUGUAUGACGUGGACGAAUUGUAGCCUAAUAUGUCGCUAUCCCUUGACGAAGACCCAUCUGUCUCCGACCUUCUGCAUACGACCUUGCCCUCCAACGCUAUUGUCGCCCGCUAGGCCUGCGCUUUCGGUGCUGGACAUCGGUUGCUCCUCCGAAACCUCUCCGGCCUCGAGAGUAUCUUUAUUCUGUUCAGAUGCCCCAUUCUCUUCUCGGACGUUGCCGUACGAACGCCCACCGUUACUCGAAGGAACCUGCGCUUCUGUACUCGUAGACCAUGAACCCGCAACACCAGAUUCUGCUGGAUACUGCUGCCAACCGAUGGAGCCCCACUGCUCCCCCUGCGCCAUCCCUACUUGUCCGCCCAUGGGUGCCAUAGCCGGCAUCGUCUUUGCCAUGACUAACUGCAUGAUUUCCUCUGCUGAGGGUUGAUAACCAUGAGUAAC